AUGAUGAAAAUAUCUAGAUUGAAAAGACCUAAAAAGCCAAAAAAAGAACCUAUAAAAAAGGAGCCCAUAAGCAAAGAUAAUCAUCAGCAUCUGCAUGAAGAUAUUUCUAUCAUUGACCUUCCAUCGCCGCCAGUCUUUAAAAAUCCUGAAAAAAUUGUAGAAUUCAAUAAUCUCUGUGUUUCCUAUGAUGAUUUGCCUGACAUUAGUCACCCAUUUGAAAUAAUUGAUAAUUCAUUACAUGGACCGCAAGAAUCUAAAUCUGAAGGAAUCAAUAGCAAUUAUGCAACUUUCCUUACUCCCCCCCUAUCCUUGAUCGAACGGCUCGCGCCAUCGUUCGACAAGGAUGGGGGUUUAAAAAAAUUUUUGGGGAAAAAAAAUUAUAUAUAAAAAAAAAAAUAUUUUUAUAUAUUUUUUUAUUUACUUUUAAAUAAGAGGGUUAAGAAUAUUAAUAAUUAUUUUUACAGCAAAAAAUUGAAUUAAUUUCAUAAAAAUACAAUUUUUAAUAUUUUGAUUUAUUAGUAACCCCUUUAAACUGUAUAAAUUUUAAUUUGUUACUUAUUAAAUUAAAUUUGUUUUUUUUAAAAUUUUAAAGAAUCUCUAUUUUAUUAGAUUAUUGAGUUUUAAAGCAUAAUUGAUAACUAAAUCACUUCGAAUGGUUGAUUUCGUAGCUUUUCUGUCGUCUCAAAGUUUCUGAAAACAACUUCAUUAUGUACAUCUUCCCAUACAUAAAAAUGGUGACGACAGACCACCCGACCUCUCGAUCCUAUUUCCUCAACAGCAGCAGGCAACGGCCCAGUGUUGGAGAUUUAGAUGGAAAGGGGCUGGUAAUCCUUUAUGUAUGUUCGGGCUGGGUUUUCUUCGAGCCCGAGGAGCUAAUUCUCGGACUUGGAGUUUUUCCUCCAGGACAACCAUUGGAAAGGGCAAGGUCGGCCAAUGUUUGAGGGCAAUAUGACCCUCAGACCCUGAAGACGGUAUUUGCCCAACGAGAAACUGGGAGUUUCGACCCAGGUGGUUGGCCCUUAGACUCCAGAAGCCAUGGAAGUCAAGACUGGUCGCGCGAAUCCCUUGUUUGAGGCAACAAGGAGGGUGUCCGCCAAGGCUCCUCAGGGGCGAUGAGCGUGUAGGGGUGCGAAUCCCCGGCCCUGCAAGGCAAACGGCAUAAUCUAAUCUAAUCUAAUGUGCAUCUUCCCAAGCUUUUGAUAACUAAUAUAUUUUUUUAUAUAUAAAAAAUUUGCAUGAUAUGAAAAUCGUUCGAUCAAGGAUGGGGGUUAAUUUCCCCAAUUUUUAGGGAUUUUAUACAGUCAAUCGUUCGAUCAAUGAUGGGGGGGGAGUUAGUGAAGUACCUUUUCCUUUAAAUAGUCCAAAAGUUUUAGAAUUUCCUCCAAUUACACCACUCCAAUUAGAUGGCAUUUCAAGACGCACUGACAUUUCUAUGCUUAAAAGCUACAUCCCAAAAGAAUGCGAUUUCCAAUAUUUAAAGAUUAGUUAUCUACAAGCGCGUGGAGUUGGGUCAAUUUAUAACCUAAUUACUGCUAUAAGUGUAGCUUAUUAUGAAUUUCUUAUGAUUCCUGCCUUCGCAGUAGAAAAUAUGCUAUUUUUAUUGAAUUUUAUAUAAAAUAAUCAGUACUUAAAUAUGAAAAUAAGUAUUUUAAUAGAGAAUAACAAAAUUUCAUAUGAAAUCAGCCAAAAUAAAAAUUUAUUUCAAGCCCACAGAAAUGAUUCAUAUUUGUCGAUCAUGAAUUCUGUAAGAUUUUCACUUAUUCCCCCCCUCCGUGAGUGAACAAAACCAUUAGAAAAAUCGCUAUUUUUUGCCCAAAAACCCACCUCCGUGAGUGAACAAAAAUUUUUUAAUAGAAAAACUUUUUAUGGAAAAAAAAACUGAUAUAUUAGUGAUAAUUAGUAAAUGCUAAUUAAGAGCUCAUAAGAGCUUCGACAUUGCGUGCGCAAUGUUAUAGAUAAUAGAUAGAUAGAUAAUUAGUAAAUGAAAUCUAGAGAUAAUUCUGUUUAAUUUUAAACAAAUUGCUUUUUAAAACAUAAAUUUUAUAAAUAAAUUCAUAUUUGCUUUCCAAUUUUUGCGAAUUAGGAUUUUUUUAAAUUUCGAAAAAAAUAAAUUUAUAUAACAAAAAAAUUAAUCCCCUCCGUGAGUCGUGAGUGAACAAAAUUUUUUUUUGUUCACUCACGGAGGGGGGAGUUAAUACUUCAAAUAUUGAUGAGCUACCAAAACUAUCAGAAAAUAAAGACCUAAUUCAAAACUUAAGGUUUAUGUUAUCGAUUAUUGGACAAAAUUAUCUUAUGAGUAAUGAAUCCAAAGGUUUAUUUGAAAAAUCUCUAGAUGAAGAACUAAUUAAUGAAAUAAGAGAAGCAGCCAAAGCCGAAUUGUUUGAAGAAAAUGCUAUUGCGAAUGAUUUAUAUUUUAAACUGUUUUCGAAUGCCUUAUGUGUAAAAAUAAAAGUGUAUAAAGUGACCAAUCAAGGGCUGCAGAAAAGCGUGCAUGAACCAAAUAAAGAAAAAUCAUGGCCAGUUUUGAACUUUUUUAUGAUUACAGAUCCAUCAAUUAGGCUUUUUAUUCUUUAUAGCAGAGGAAUGGUGCAUUUAGAUGGGUAUUCUGUAAGCACUGGGGUCUAUAAUCCUAUUAAAAUAGAAAAUCCGGAGAAAUUUAUGUAUGCAACUAAAAGAAUAACUGAUUGUGAAUGCGCAACUAAAGAUGAAGAAAUAAAAACACUUAAUAUUUCGCUCAAAUUAAGUGCAAAUAUGAUACAAAGUUAUGAUAAAAACAUCACUUCAUUGUUCAACAAGCUGAAAGACUCAAAUAUUAAGCUGAAUCAUAGAGAGGUUGCAAGUGAUCUAAGCAAAAUUCAGCAGCAGAUAGAUUUCAUUACAAACCACUUGAAGCCUGAAGUUGCUAAUAAGCUAAAUUUGUCCAGUUUAGAAUAUGUCAAAUUUGGCCAUGAAACCAUUUCAAAAAUAUUAAAAGACUGCUGUUACUGCAACAAAAGGCAAGGAGUAUGGAAAUCUUCUUGCGGGCAUUAUUAUUGCUCAGACUGCAUUUUUUUACUUAUGAAACCCAAUAAUUUUGAGAACUUUGAAUGUGAAGAAGAAUGCAAACAAAUAAUCAAACUCGAAGACUUAAAAACUUUUCCAGAAUAUCCAAGGCUAAAAGAGGAGCAUUUAAAGCACCACAGAAAAUUCGAAUGUAAGGAAUGUCAUCAAGAAAAAGACACAAAUCAAGGCUACCAAUGCCAAAAAUGCCAAAAGUCUAUAUGCCACUACUGUCUUUCUAAGCUUGUAAUUGCAAAUCGAAUGGAGAGCCAAGGCUGGGCUAUUCAAAUUACUUGUAGCCAGUGCAAUGAAAAAAUGUUUGUCAACACUGAAGGGUGGAUGGACCAAUGCCCAGCUUGCAUGAAAACGAGACAUAUAUUAGAAUUCUACGAAUUUGAAUGCAAACCUAAUCAAAAUCCUCAUGGCUUGCUAUGUAGAAUGUGUUGGACUAUGAUCUUUAAUGAUGUAUGCCCCAUCCCUGGCUGCGGAGCCUCUGCUUCCAAUAGUGCAAGGGCAAUGAUACUAAGCGAAAAUAAAAUUUUAUGCAGAAACUGCGGGGAACUGAAAAUGAUGUAUAUCGGAGAAAAAAUGUGCGAGAGUGAGAUGUGUUUUCCUUGUCAAGAAUGCCAGGAAAAUUAUUUUGAAGAAAAGCCUGAUAUAUGUGUUAUAUGUAGCAGAGUGAUGAUGGAUAAGAUAUCUGAGAGAGGGUAUAAUUGGUGGGCUAGAAUCAGCUAA